GCCCUCUUGUAAGGGAUUCUGCAUUGAGAAGGAACCAAAUGUUGGUGCAGAGGCACGAGCACUGAAGAGCACAUGUAUGCCCUACAAGUACUGCUGGCCAAAAAGAGUUCCAUCUCUACUACGAAGCGCGUGCACAUCGUCAGUGGAAUGCACAUAUGCACAACACAGCUCGAAGAACUCCAGUUACUGUACAUGGAUUAUAUAUUGGCUUUGUAUACACUAGCACAUAUCAAGCAAGACAGAUGAACUCCAGUCUUGUGUGCACUUUCAAUUAGCCUACAAGAUGCGAUUUAGUAUGAAUCCCAGGCAGCUUUGGAAGUGAAAGAGAAGUCUGAGAUCUCUGGCUGGAAGCUGAACGUGAUGACGGCCUGGUCUAUGGUGGUGAAGUUGAAAAUGGAGAAGAGGCAUUCCAAAGAAGAGAGGAAUGUGGAACAGGAUGCUGGGGACUGCAGUGCUGAAUCUGAGGAAUGGACAAGCUCAGAAAGUGAGCCUGAACAACCAUGCUUCAAGAACAGCUGUAGCAAUACUCAGUGGAGGGAAAAGGAAACUUCUACUAAACCACAUAGGCAACUCUGUCGCUCUCCUUGCCUGGAUCGUCCAAGUUUCUCACAGAGCAGUAUCCUUCAGGACUUGAAACUGGAAGAGUGUAAAAUAAACUUGGACAAGGAAUACCAGGCUAAAAUGGAUUUUGCUUUAAAGCUUGGGUAUGCUGGAGAUCAGAUCCAGGCAGUGCUGAACAAGUUGGGAGCAGAUGCUCUAAUCAAUGAUAUUCUGGCAGAACUCGUGAGACUUGGCAGCAAAGGUGAAUCAGAGGGACAAGGCAGUGUCGGCAGCAGUAGUGGUACUCUGGUGCCCAGGGGUCCUUGCCCAAAGGAAAUGGCCAGCCCUGAACUGUCACUUGAAGAUGAAGUAGUGGAUAACACUGACAACUUAAGACCAAUUGUCAUUGAUGGAAGUAACGUGGCUAUGAGCCAUGGGAAUAAAGAAGAAUUUUCCUGUCGGGGAAUUCAGCUAGCUGUUGAGUGGUUUCUGGAGAAAGGACACAAAGAUAUCACUGUAUUUGUACCUGCGUGGAGAAAAGAGCAGUCUCGACCUGAUGCACCAAUUACAGAUCAAGAAAUUUUACGUAAAUUGGAGAAAGAAAAAAUUCUUGUCUUCACCCCAUCUCGGCGAGUUCAGGGAAGAAGGGUGGUCUGCUAUGAUGACCGGUUCAUAGUAAAACUGGCUUUUGACUCAGAUGGCAUCAUUGUGUCAAAUGACAAUUAUCGGGAUCUUCAGAAUGAAAAGCCAGAGUGGAAGAAAUUCAUAGAGGAACGCCUGCUAAUGUAUUCUUUUGUGAAUGACAAAUUUAUGCCUCCUGAUGAUCCUUUAGGACGCCAUGGUCCAAGCCUUGAAAAUUUCCUAAGAAAAAGGCCUGUUAUUCCUGAACAUAAAAAACAACCAUGCCCUUAUGGCAAAAAAUGCACCUAUGGACACAAAUGUAAAUAUUACCACCCAGAACGCGCAAACCAGCCUCAGAGGUCAGUAGCAGAUGAGCUUCGAAUAAGUGCCAAAUUGUCUGCUGUGAAAACUAUGAGUGAGGGAGCUUUGGCCAAAUGUGGCAUAGGAUCAUCCAUUUCCAAAGGAGAAAUCAAUUCCGAAGUGAAACGUAUUGCCCCAAAACGCCAGUCAGACCCAAGCAUUAGAUCAGUUGCUGUGGAACCUGAGGAAAGACUGUCAGUAGCUCGGAAGUCAGAAGCCAACUCUGUCCCUUCUCUUGUUUCUGCAUUAAGUGUACCAAUAAUCCCUCCUUCAAAAAGCCAUGCUGUUGGUGCAUUAAAUACUCGUUCUGCAAGCAGCCCUGUACCAGGUUCAUCGCAAUUUACUCAUCAAAAAUCCUCACUAGAACACAUGGCCAGUGUGCAGUAUCCUCCCAUACUGGUCACCAAUAGCCAUGGCACUUCUGUUAGCUAUACAGACCAGUAUCCCAAAUACGAAUCUUUAGGGGACCAUGGUUACUAUUCCAUGCUCAGUGAUUUCUCCAAUUUGAGUAUAAGCAGUAUGCGUAACACAGAUUAUUAUGGGGCUGAUGCAGACCAAGGGAUGUACUCUAGAAAUUCAAGCCCCUGUCCUGACACUCGCUUAAGCCAUACAAGUAAUGAUUCUUAUUCCUCUUAUAAUGAUUUGUAUCUGGGUGUAGCAGAUGCCAGAGCAGAAGACAAUGUGAAGGUCCACAGACUUUCAUCUCAAAAUCGUCUUCAGCCUUUUUCCCAUGGUUACCAUGAAGCCUUAACUAGAGUUCAGAGUUAUGGAACUGAAGAGCCUAAACAACUCCCUCGCAAACAGUCUGUUUCCCAUUUAGCACUGCAUGUCCAGCAUCCAGUUGUUGGAGCACGAUCCAGUUGUCCAGGAGACUACCCAGUGCCUCAGAAUGUUCAUCCAUCAGCCACUGCACAGCCAAGCCGUGCCUUGGUCAUGACAAGAAUGGACAGUAUUUCUGACUCACGGCUUUAUGAAAGUAACCCUAUGCGGCAGAGAAGGCCACCCCUCUGUCGAGAGCAGCAUGCUAGUUGGGAUCCAUUACCAUGUACUGCUGAUACUUACGCUUACCACUCCUAUCCACUGAGCAACAAUCUCAUGCAACCAUGUUAUGAACCCGUAAUGGUAAGAAGCAUGCCUGAAAAGAUGGAGCAACUGUGGAGGAAUCCGUGGAUUGGGGUAUGUGGAGAGCCACAGGAACCACAUAUUAUUCCAGAACAUCAGUAUCAGACAUACAAGAAUCUCUGCAAUAUUUUCCCUGCUGGUAUUGUCCUCUCAGUAAUGGAGAAAAAUCCCCAUAUGACAGACGCACAACAGCUGGCAGCUAUAAUUGUUGCCAAAUUGAGAACAGGGCGUUAAAAAGUUAGAGCUUCUUUUUGAACUCUUAAAGACAAAUAGUAUUGAGUGUAUAGUGGGCAGGAUCUGGAGGAAAAGUUAAAAAUAAGGGAAGUGGGCAAAUCUAUUGUAAAUAUUUUCUAAUUCUAUGGUAUAAAAUUCUGUACCCUAUAGCAAUCAUUAAAUAUAUGUGUGAGACACUAUAUAAAAGAAGAUUGUAUUGUAAAUAUAAUGAAUAUUUUAGGAUUUCAAAAAUAGGGCAUUUUAAAGGUAUUUUACAGGAAGUGCAUACAUUUUUGCAUGAAUAUAUUAUUUAACUGAGAACUACAAGGUUACACUUUUAGAGUCUAAAGCUGUUCAUUCAAGACUAUUGUUAGCAAUUAUAUUGCAUGUAUCAAUGUAUAUUUCAAUUUGAUUAUAAAUAUGUAAUUGGCUUUUCAAAAUAUGCUCUAUACAUUCCAGGAUCAUAAGACUUUGGCUUUGACACUGCAUUCCUCUGGGUCAAAUAUUUUUUUUAAUGGGAUAACUUGCCAACAAUUAAAAUAAUCCUCCGUUUGUAAAACAAACCUGAUCUAUUCCCUUUUUCACUUUUAAAUGUCAACAUAAUUGGUAUCUCUUAGCUUUUAAAUCUAUCCACCCAGGGCUUGAUCCUGUAAGGUUUGCUGAGCACUUUGGCCCCAGUUCACCACUGGCUCCAAUCCAGAAAAGCAUUUAGGCAAAAGUGCUCAGCAUCUUGCAGGAUUGAGUCCCAAUUCAAUGUUAAAAGUAGGAUAAACUGUAGCCUUCCUCUUCAGAAGUACCGAUGAGUACAAAAUGUACAACAGUACAUUUUAAAGGUCAAUUGUAGACUGUCACUUUACUUAUGCACUGUUCAUUACUCACCCUCAAGUGGAGGGGAAGGUAGUGGAUGUUAAUGUGUGAAUAUCCAGUUUAGUAGAAACUGCAACCCUUCUUUUGUGGCUAGGGAUAGUAUUUGAAGGGUUAGACUUACACUCCAACAGAUGAAUAGAUGAUGUAUAAAAGGGGAGAGGGGCUGGUUCUGAAAAGGUAUGCUACAUCUUUGGCUUGCUGCAACCUGGCCUACUUUGCACUUCAGGUUGACCCAAAGGUGUGUAUUUUCCUCCUGAAGGAUUUUAAAGCUUUUAUUUUGACAGGCAAGAAAAAAAAUUGUGUGUGGCAUUGUUUGCGCAAUUAGUAUUUUGCUCAGGGGUGGGAACCUUUGUAGCUAAAUGCCUCCAUAAGAGGCGUUUAUUGGUUUUUUUAAGCUGCACUGAAUGGACGCCCUUUUUGAAUCUAUGUAUAUUUCAACAUUUUGAACCAUUACUAACUCGAUAUGUCUCGAGCUAGGACUUGUUGACUUCUACUGUAGUUUUUUUCAUGAAAGUUGAGAAGGCCUGGUUUAUGGCCUUUUGUUUCUUCAUGAGAAGGUGUGACACUGCCUAAAUGUUUCUUACUGUGAAACACACAGAACGUGAGGCUGCAGUCAGGGUUGUUUCUGGUGUUUUGAUAAUGGCUUGCAUGCUGCUUUCUGGUUCUGUUUGUCUGAGGACCAAAGACUACUACAUCACUACUUCCACUUGCUACUGUAAAACCUGCAUUGAUUCUAAGUGUAUCUUGUGGGCUAUUUAUCAUGUGCAAAAUGUGAAAGAGUUAUAGAUGCAAUUAAAGUAACUGUAUUAGUAUGUUGGCUGUUCACAUCAUUUCACACAUGAUAAAUAUUCUAGUGUCCACACAGGUACUGCUCAGACUACUUACAUAUUUUGUCAUGGCCAUAUCAUUAUGUGUUCAAAUUGCAUUAAACUUGAAGAUUGUUUUCUUCAUGCCUGGAGUAUUAAAAAUAAUUGUUUCAGUUAACUGCAGAUCAUUGCUGUUAAUAAAAAUGAACUAAUCUUCAAAAAGUUAGAAGAAUAUUUUUAUUCUUGACCAACUUUCAAAGCAUAUCUUAACUAGCAUUUUAUAUUUUUUAAUUUCCAAUUACUUCAUAUUCUCUUCUCUUUUAUGGUAAAAGCAGCUGAGAGUAAUGCCUCAAAUAACCAGAAAUGACCUUUUGUUUGUUGAUACAAAUUGUAUCUCUCUUUUUCUUGAUUGUAUAAAAAAACUGUACAAAAACCAUCUCUAGAUUAACUUUUCAGUAUUGCAUUUUCACCAUGUUUGUGACACUGUGUGUCACAGGGAAGUAGCCCAUGGGUAAUUAUGAAUCUUUUUAUUUAAAAUGGGCACUUGUAGUUUAUAGACAAACAAGGACAACUUUUCAAAUCCACUUUAUUACAAUGUGCACAGAUAUUGUGUGUACGCUGAAAAGCAUUAUAUUACAUAAGUUAUCUUUAGUCUAUUUAUUAAACAAAUACAUUCUUGCAAUGGAAUUUUAUGUAAAAAAUGUCAUUGUUAAUCAUCUGCAUGUGUUUAUAAAUAGAACUGUAACAAUAUACCUGCUGUAGACCCUGCUUAAUAGGUUAAUUAUAUCUGUAUGAUUUUAGUUUUUAAAUGAGGUUUUGUGUACUCACACUUUCCAUCUUGCAUAGAAUUAAAUGUGUAUGUAGAAAAAUGUUGUCCUUCUCCCCACCUAUACAGACUCUUGCAAGACAGUUUGAUAGAGAUGUCUCUCAGCAUACUUUGUGUGUAAUACUGAGCAGAGGUUACUGCAUAAAGUUUGGGAUGGUUUAUGGAGAUAACGUAUCUUGUAGGAAUUGUCUAGUCAUUUUAACUCUUUCACUGACUUUAACCUGAUAGUAAAUUCAGUCUUCUUCAGGGCCUUGUAUUUAUUAGGAAGGAGUGAGAGUAGAAUCCUAGUAUAAAUCCAGCAAACCAUUUCUCUAAGGCACUUCUUUGAAGGCAUUUUUUCUAAGAUGAGCCAAGAAUGUUUACAUUGUAUAGAAAAAAAUGAUGAAGUCUUGUAGAAAUGGUCUGCAGAAUUUUUGCUUGUAAGUUAGUCCUCUUAAAAGUAAUAAUUUAUAAACAUGGUUCAGUCUCUUGAUCAGCUAAUUUAACUU